UGGAGCGAAGGAUGGCGAAGGAGUGAUUGUCUUCUGUAUUUCCUGGGAUUCCUGAUCCCACAGUUCUUUGUAAUGGUCAAUAUACAACAACCCUUAGCAAAACGAUUGGCUUCACUCUCUUGUGUUGAUUGGCUUCGCGCUUUGCUUCGCGUCGAACGUCCCGUUUUUUUUCGCCGGUGUGCGAAAGGGUAGGAUUUGAUGAUACUUCACCCCCCCCCCAUAUGGGCAUGGGUCAAAACCUGCAGCCCUGGGGCCCUGGUCCACCAUGUCGCUUGACCAGUUCUGCCAGGUAUCCUGGUGCCCACACCCCAGUUCGCCGCCCGCCAGGUUUUACAAUCCACGUUUGGGGACGGGUAUGAAGAGGUCUUGAGUCCAAAUGAUGCUGUUUGGAAAGUAUCUCUUCAAACCUUCCAAGGUCGAUAGUAUGGUCCAGUUCGAGGCUGCAUUCAGCCACAAACUGUAUACGUAAACGUUAUAUAAUCUGUAUGCAACGGCAGCAUUUUGGUUCCCCUUUUUAUUUCGAGACGUUUUGACAUGUUUGGGGCCAAGGGCUUCUUGACAUUGGUGGCUGGUGCAUAUGCUUCAUGUCAGGAUGCGCAAUGUGAUGACACCGCAUGGCUGCAGCUACAGUCCGAGCCAGACCUUCCACAAGAUCUGAAAGCGCUGCGAGAUUGCAGCCCUGACGACCUGGGCUGUAUGGCACAGCAGCAGGCCUGCUCUUUGGCCACAAAGAUGGCGUCAGAUUGGCCGAAUUUCCCAGAGAUUCUGGAGAUCUGCCACCAGUUAAAAGACGUUUGUCUUGGACGCCCCCUGAGCUUCAAGACUCCAGAGGAUGUUCCUGGCGCCUCGGGACAGACAGAUUCUGAGAUGUCCUUACUGUCCUUCGCAGACUGGUGUCCUUUCUGCGGCGAGUGUAGCGAUGCGAGGGUUUGCACCACCAAUGUCAUAGAGUAUGAGAAGAAGAACGAAUUGGCGAAGUAUGGAAUGAAAACUGGCAAGUUUGCAGCAAAAGCUGCAUCAGACACCCUCAAGGAGAUUCUCAAGGAUGCCAAGGCUAUUGCUCUCACGGGCACUGUUGCUUUUGCGUUCGUGGGCGCUUUCAUCAGUGCAUUCUUUCCCAGCGCAGGUGAGCUUCCAGUAAAUCCCUGCACCUUUGCUGAAGAUUGGGGCCGCUGCGUUUGGGAACAGGUGAAACCCUUUGUUCAAGAAUUCGUGAGCGACAAAUUGGAUGAAGCUUUCGCGGACAUCUGGACAGCGACCUUUGAGGGAUAUCAGACCCGAUUGUGGGCGUUGAAUGCAACAGCCUACGAGAACUCGGAAAAGUUCCCCAAUGGCACCAUCAAACACAUGUCAAACAAGACCAGAGAUCGAAUGCACGAUGACCUCAAAGCAGUGCAUGAUGCGAUGCUGGGGAGCAUCAGGCUCUUUCUGGUGGACCGUGCGAUCAAAACCACAGCUGGAGCCUACUUGUCCCAGUUUGCGUCGUUGCAUGUGAGCAUCAUGACAUAUCAUGACCAACCUCUUGGGCUCUUGGCAGUACCGCACAGAAGGUGAUCGCUAUGUCUUCCAGACGGUGUCCGCAUGCUAUGCUCGGCGGGUCUACGAACGUGCGACAGCUGCCCUGAAGUCCCGAACAUCUGCUCUAGAGGUGCACGAAGAGGACUUGGGCACCCACAAAUGCUGUCCGUGGUCAAUGUCACCAUGGUGCCUUGGUUCGUCGGACUGCCCCAUACAGUCAGGAGACUUUAAAGAUACAUGGAAGCUCUGCGACUGGAAGAAUUCCGGGUAUCGCACCUCCUGCGGUGGCGUUUUGAGAAUGUGCGGGAUGCUGCCUAACGAGUCUGCCAAAUCGGACUCUUGGGCAUGUUACAAAGCUCAUCGCCAGGAGGUUGAGAAGCAAACGGUCCUGUUUUGGCAGAACUGGCUUGCCCCCAUUCCUGAUUGGUUGAACAAUAUUGUGUUGAUGCAAGCGCUCGAAGUGAAGGCUGGAACUCAAAAAGCAACCAACAGCACUUUUGACUGCUCGGCUCUGUAGGCUGACUAUGACUUUAGAGUCUUUAGUUCUAUAGAUACUCCCUGCUCGUGCUUUGAGAAGAUGACUUUCGAACAGUCGCUCAAAGCAACCCACAGCACUUUUGACUGCUCGGCUCUGUAGACUGACUAUGACUUUAGAGUCUUUAGUUCUAUAGAUAUUCCCUGCUCGUGCUUUGAGAAGAUGACUUUCGAACAGUCGCUCAAAGCAACCCACAGCACUUUUGACUGCUCGGCUCUGUAGACUGACUAUGACUUUAGAGUCUUUAGUUCUAUAGAUAUUCCCUGCUCGUGCUUUGAGAAGAUGACUUUCGAACAGUCGCUCAAAGCACUCAUCAGGAUCCUUUUUUGGGUGAACGUUGCGUUCGGCAGCCGAACGUUUUACCAGUGGGCCCGAAACGUGAGCCCGGCAUCGGUCGGUUUCGUUUUGCUGUGCAGCACAAGCCUCACAGCUCGUGUUUCGUGAAUGGAGCGGAAGCGACGGAGGGAGG